CUAGGCCGGUGCUCGUCAGGCGAACCGCCACCCACACUCGUCCCCGCAGAGACGCAGCAGGCAGACGCCCUGUCACAGGACUGGGGUGGGUCCCCGGAGCUCGACCGAAAGCGGGACGGGUCACUUCCAGGCCCGGGCAGCAGCCGACGCCACGCUCGGUGGGCUCCGAAGCGGGCUACACGAAGGCGGGACACACGAAGGCGCGACACAGGACGGACGCGGGCGGAGGCGGCGUGAUUGGCCGAGACAGCUGCCCGUCACCGAGGAGCGCGGACGGCUCUGGCCGCUUCAGCGUCGUCGCCCGCGCGAAUUGAGAGCUGCCGGGCCGCGUCUGGGAGGCGCUGACGCGCGCGUCCCGAGUUCCAAGGCGAACGGCUCAGGCUGAGAGCGGGCGCUUCGUUCCCCGCAGCAGGUCGGCCCCGGGCCCAGCGUGGCGCGGAGAGCCCGAGACCCUGCCCCGGGGCCGGGGCCGUUUUUCUAGGGGUCUUGUUACUCGUGACCACGAUGAAAAACGUAGACAGUGACGAUCUGGUAACUGGCACCCUUCCCGGGCUCAGGAGCGCAGGAGAAUGGUCGGAGCCGCAGUGGCUUGCUUCUGUGCAGGCCUUAGCUAAAGAAGAUACAGAUGGAUCUAUUCGAUUGAUAUUACAUAGAGAAAAUCAUGUAAUCAAGGACCUAGAUAGGUACUUACAACAUCAUGACUUCAUGAGUACAAGGAGAAAGGAGAUGUUACACAGAAGAUGGGCUCACCAAGUGGCAAACCCCCUCCACAGGGAAAUUAUGGAAAAAGUCUGUUCAUAUAAGAAGAUUAAGAAAAGGAGACAAAAGGAAUUAGAUGAUUUUUUAAAACAUGUAAAUAAAAAGGGAAAUGCUUUUAUAGAACAUUAUGAUCCAGAAGAGUAUGAUCCUUUUUGUAUGAGCAAAGAAGACCCCAAUUUCCUGAAACUUAUCAUCCCACCAUUUCACGAUCCUUUGAAAAAAGCACAAUAUGACAAGGAUGAUGAAAAAAGAACUCUUCUUCAGUGUGAGACUGGCAAAAUAUAUACAAUGAAAGAAUUUAAGGAGGUUGAGAAGGCCCGACUACGUUCCAGAUUCCCCAAAAUCUGUAGUUCAAGGCACUUCAUGACUCCAAAUGAAUGGCUUAAACUGCCUACAAGAUAUAUAGAAAGUGAAUUUUGUAAAAGGAGCAGGUUAAAAGUGAAAGUGAAUUUUAAUGAUAGUAGUUUUGAGUGGAAACCCUUGUCAAGAGCUCCUUGUCUUCUGGAAUCCCAGGAGGCAGGAAAAGCAGUUCCUUGCAGAAACAAAGGGCCAUCCUUCCUGGAAAAAGAACCUCUCAGUUAUCAGGAGGGAAAGAGCCCAAGUCCCAAAGAGACCAACUCUGAAGGGUACUUGUGUUCACUGGACCUCAGCAGGAAGGAGAAAGGGCUGCAGACGAGGUCCUGGUUUCAGCAACCAAGGACCACAUAUCCUGAUACCUGACCUGUGAAAUGGGACCCAAAAGAAGGCCGCUCCCAAGGAAGUUAAUCUGCUAGCAGGAAUCCUUCGGGGUAGGGUUGGAGAAGGCACUUAGGAAGUGUUCUGUCUCUAAGAAAAAGCAUCUGCAAUAAACUUCAUUUACUUUUUGAGUCUAGUGCCUAUGAUAAUAAGGAAAAGGCAAAACCAUGUAUUGACAGUUACUACAAAUGUAUUUUCCCUAGGAGUUAAAAAAUAUUGCUGAGAGGUUCAAUAAAAAUAAUAGCAAUCUUAGUGA